AUGGUCGACGAACACCCGAUGGUCUUAGCAUCUCGUCAUCCUUCCGAUUUGGAGCUCUUCAAAAAGUACCUCAUCCCAUGGAUAAUGGGCAACAGCGCCAAGCCGGAAUUCAUCCAUCAGUUCGACGUCUACACCGCGGAUCCGACGGAGCUCACAAAAAAGUUUCUUCCCACGCUCGUCGACGAUGGCGAGCAGGCGUGGUACUUCUUCUCGCCGGUGAGGGCGAAAGGCCGCCGCGGCCCGCGCAAGGCGCGAACGGCCGGGGAGGGGUGCUGGCACUCGGAGGCAGGCUCCAAGCCAGUGAAAGACGAUCUCGGCGACACCAUCGGACGCCGUCAGUUUUUCUCAUUCGUCUAUAAGACCGACGACGGUCGAUCACGAAUCCGGACUGGGUGGCUGAUGGUGGAGCUCGGGCUUCACCAUGAAAAGGAUGCCAAUAGGCCGUUGGAGGAGAUGGUCUUGUGCAAGAUUUACUUCACACCACGCACGCCGUCUGGACAGGGUGUCACGAUACCAGCCGUGGUUGCGGACGGAGGAGACUUCAGGGGCGCCGGACUCGCCUUCACCUCCAACUUCAUUGGAGUCACCGCCAUCUUCAGCUUCCUCCAUGUCGCCGCCUUCUCCUACAUCAUCAACGUCGCCCCCAACUCUUUCACCAUUGCUGAUGCCGCGUGCGCCACUGGAGAAGCUAUCUUCUUCGUCAAUCCCGGCCGAAGAUGA